GGGAUCCAGGGCCAGGUGGGGAACAGGUAGGGGCUCACUAGGCAAUGGGCAGGUGGGCUGAGGUGUGAGGCUGGAAUAAAGAAGCGAAGCGGGGGCCAGGUGGAGGUGAGGAUGAGGCUGGUUGGGGAGGCAUCUCAGAAGUGAGGCCAGCACAGACUGAGGGUGGUCCCGGAGUGGAAGGGUGCCCAGGGAGGGAACUCCACAGACAGGCCCUAGGCUCUGACAGGAGGGCACCCCCAUGGGGGAAGCCCCUCCUGGUGCUCGCUGGAGCCAUGCUGUCGCGCAAGGGCAUCAUCCCCGAGGAGUAUGUGCUGACACGGCUGGCAGAGGACCCCGCGGAGCCCCGGUACCGUGCCCGUGAGCGGAAGGCCCGCUUCGUGUCCAAGAACGGCAACUGCAACGUGGCCCACAAAAACAUCCGGGAGCAGGGCCGCUUCCUGCAGGACGUGUUCACCACGCUGGUGGACCUCAAGUGGCCGCACACGCUGCUCAUCUUCACCAUGUCCUUCCUGUGCAGCUGGCUGCUCUUCGCCAUGGCCUGGUGGCUCAUCGCCUUUGCCCACGGGGACCUGGCCCCGGACGAGGGCUCUGCUGUGCCCUGUGUCACCAGCAUCCACUCCUUUUCAUCCGCCUUCCUUUUCUCCAUUGAGGUCCAAGUGACCAUUGGUUUCGGUGGGCGCAUGGUGACCGAGGAGUGCCCGCUGGCCAUCCUGAUCCUCAUUGUGCAGAACAUCGUGGGGCUCAUGAUCAACGCCAUCAUGCUGGGCUGCAUCUUCAUGAAGACUGCUCAGGCCCACCGGCGGGCCGAGACCCUCAUCUUCAGCAAGCAUGCAGUCAUCGCCUUGCGCCACAGCCGCCUCUGCUUCAUGCUGCGUGUGGGCGACCUCCGCAAGAGCAUGAUCAUCAGCGCCACCAUCCGCAUGCAGGUGGUGCGCAAGACCACCAGCCCGGAGGGCGAGGUGGUGCCCCUCCACCAGGUGGACAUCCCCAUGGAGAACGGAGUGGGUGGCAACAGCAUCUUCCUGGUGGCUCCCCUCAUCAUCUACCACAUCAUUGAUGCCAACAGUCCGCUCUACGACCUGGCGCCCAGUGACCUGCACCACCAUCAGGACCUUGAGAUCAUCGUCAUCCUGGAAGGCGUGGUGGAAACCACGGGCAUCACCACCCAGGCCCGCACCUCCUACCUGGCUGACGAGAUCCUGUGGGGCCAGCGCUUUGUCCCCAUUGUGGCCGAGGAGGAUGGCCGCUACUCUGUGGACUACUCCAAAUUUGGCAACACCAUCAAAGUGCCCACACCACUCUGCACGGCCCGCCAGCUUGAUGAGGACCACAGCCUGCUGGACGCCCUGACCCUCGCUUCUGCCCGUGGGCCCCUGCGCAAGCGCAGCCUGGCCGUGGCCAAGGCCAGGCCCAAGUUUAGCAUCUCUCCGGAUUCCCUGUCCUGAGACAUGGUCCCUGGGGCCCCACACCGCUUGUGUGCGCACGGGCAGUAUGGUAUGUAGAGUGGACGUGGUGUGGGCCCCUUGGCCAGGCCAGGACCUGGUGUGAGGCUGGGCCUUUCUCUGCUCAGCCUCCCCCCCUGCUGCUCACCCAGGGUGUUACAAGGCACUUGUCACUACGCUAUUUCUGGCCUCGGCAGGAGCCUGUACUGGGUUAUUUUUGUCCCUGCUCCUCCCAGCCCCAGCUCAGGACUGGUUGGUGCUCCUUCCCCCACCCAAGGCUGGGAAAGCUGUGGGAAGUGUCCGGCCCUAAAGGUGGGUCUCCUGCCAGUCCUGGGCCCCCAUGAUGGACUGGCCAGAAGCUGGGCAGGUGGCUGGGGAAAAACGGUCCCCAGGUUGGGGGCCUACUGCUCUGUUUCUGUGGUCCCAAGAGAUGCCUGUGGUCAGGCCACAACUGCCCUUGGUCCCUGAAAAAGUGAUGGGCUAAAGGGUGGGCCCGGCCAGCUGGGGAGGGCUGCCAGUCAAUGAGGGAGCGCAUUCCAGCUGGAGGAUUGGAGGUGCGGAGCCUACACAGACAGGGACAGGCCGAGGCUGACAGGACUCCCCUCCUCGGGGCAGGCUCAGACGGGAAGGAGAUGGCAUGAGGACCCUCAGCUUUGCUGAGCCCUGCUCAGGCACAGGGAAGAAGAGAGGGGCCCUGUGCCCCUGCCCAUUGCCCCUGACACCAAGGCUUCUAUGGUGAGGGCUCCAUGGGCUGGGGCUGCUGUGCCUGCCUGCCCCAUUCUGUCCCCCACUCUGGGCUGGGGCAGACACCAGCAAGCCAGAGAGAGGCUGAGGAGAGAAAGUCUUGGGCCCACCACACUUGGUGAGCCUCAGACCAAACUCUGGUAUUGGCUCCCCACUGGUGGCUGCCACUCACUUUGUCCAGAGGCUGGCCGUGGAGGGUCUUUGAGUCGCUAGAAAAGGAGAUGUUGGAAAGCUCAGGAUGGUGGAGGUGAGUGAGGUCCCUGAGGCAAAGAGGCCCUUGGUCCUGACAGGACUGACCCCAGGCCUGGACUCUUGGCACAGAGCUGUGUGUACUUGCCUAGAAUUCUGCCUUCUUCUCCGUUGUCAAUAAAACCUCCCCCUUCAUGACCUAAAC